AUGCUUAUAUGCAAGGCCGCGCCGGCCCUCAAGUUUGUAGGGACCGUGUCUCUCGGGCUACUAACGGGCCUCUCCUACACCGUGUCAAGCCUCACCCUCCCAUCGCUUCUCCAUCUCCCGUCGUCGUCGUCCGCAUCGCUGGCGCUCACGGCGCUCAACGCCUCCCUCCAAACGCCGAUUCGAGUAUUGACAUCUCUCGCUGCCAUCCCCUUUCUCUUCUCCUUCGCCUUCUCGCCGCGCCGUCUUCGACACCCUUACCUGCUCUAUACCUCGGUCCUCGCCAUACUCUCCGGCGUCGCGCCAGCCUUGCUGCCCAAGCCUGCUGCUGCAACGCCACGCAGUGUACCUGCUAAGAAACCCGUGGCCCGCGCCCGAAUGGAAUCUAGCUACGAGGUCCUGGGUGACGUUCAUAGCGAAACUGCGAGCGAAGAGGAGAUUGAUGACCUGCAUGGCGACGAGGUUCGAACGCAGCUCGAGAGCCUUGCAACAUCGUUCGUGGUGCGUGGAGGACUCUCGGCAGUUGCAUUUGUCUUGGCUGUUGUUGGAAUCUGGGGCGAUGGCGCUCCUCGUGUCGUAGUUGCUUAG